UUUAGCAGCGAAACAAAAUAGAAUACGGAAUAUUUCAAAUACGGUCAUUAAAGUGAAGCAAAUCCUUGGCAGAAGUCAAACAUGCAGCCAUUGACUCAGAGAGGACGGAAACAGUUGGUUCCCAGAAACGGGCCGGGGCCCCGUAAAGCUCCCCAGAAGCCUUCAGCGUCGCCCCAGGCCGUCCAGCGGCCUCCCAUCCCCAGUCCCCCCUCCCACGCCCUCGGGGUCAGCCCAAAGAGCAGCGCCGGAGUGCACUGGUCCCGCCAGGAGACCCGUACCCUCCUGGCCAUCCUGGGCGAGGCGGAAUACAUUCGGCAGCUGCAGACGGUACACCGCAACGCCGCCGUCUACCGGGCCGUGUCCGAGAGGAUGCGGCAGGAGGGCUUCCAGAGGACCGAGCACCAGUGCCGUUCCAAGUUUAAAGUGCUGAAAGCUUUGUACCUGAAGGCCUCCGACACCCAGACGUCCAGGCCGGGAGAGCCCCGGCGCUGCCCGUUUUACGACACCCUAGACCACCUUCUUGGAAGCCGGUCGACGUCUAAAGCAGAUGCCUUAACGGAAGAUCCGGCCCGGACCGAGAGGCGGGAGCCGAACUCAGCGGCCCGGCGGGACGCCCCCGGGGAGGCGGAAGGCGGGGACUUGAAGGCUGAAGAUGAUGAGGAAGUAGAACCGUGGCCCGCCUGGAGAGACGCCGAGGACCUGGACGGGGCCUCCCAGCUGAGCUCGAGUGUCAGCGAUCUGCUGGCUGAGUCGGGUGCUCCGGAGGAUGCCUUGGAGGCUGCAUCUGGUGCAGGCUGCUCUCAGGCCCCCCCCGGCAGCAGCAGCAGCUCCCAUUGUCUACUCCCAGAUGCGGUAGAAGGUGGUGAGGCGAGACGAGGCGUGUCCCGGGAGUCGAUGGCCUGCACCGGCACCAACCGCGGCCCCCCGGGGCCGACUUCGCCACAGGGCGCUCCCUCCGGGGCCGGCCCCGCGGCCGACGGUGGGGAGCGGACGUCACCCAGACAACGCCCCCGCGGGAGGACGAGGCGAAGACGGCGUUCGGUAGCCAGCACCCUCGCUCUCGAGAUGGCCGAAAACCGCAAGCUUGCCCGCGUGCUGGCCGAGCGCAUGGAGGAGCGCCUGGACAGGCUGAUUGCCAUCGGCGAGCAGGCCAACGCUCAGCAGGGGGCUGCCAACCAGCUCCGCAGGGAGGCCGUGGUCGCAGCCACCCGGCUGGCUACGGCGGUGGAAGGGGCCACCGGGGCCCUACAUCGAGGGCUUGAGAAAUUGCUUCAGAAAUUAAUGGCUGGCAACAAGAGCUAGACGGCGGGUAGGAGAAUUGGAGGGACCCUAGUGGGGCGAGCGUGUCUGGCUCCAGUUCCUCUGCCUCCAACCCUCCCCGACUCUUCCUCUUGUACUCGGCCCUCGCUGAGGCGGUUAGAAGAAGAGACGGCGAUGGGGCCGCGGCCUUCCGGUCCGCUUCCCGCCCCGGGGGAGGGCGGGCCCGUCCUGAUUAGUGGAGGGGAGGGCGGCCAUUGCCGGCACCAAAGAAUACCGAAUACCGGAGGUCCCUCGGCUGAGCAAUAGGCGUGGGUUGUGUUUGUUGGGCCACGUAAUGGCAUCAAGAGGACAUGUGAGAUGGCCCUUCGGGGACCUGGCGAACCCACGUGGUUUCCAAGCGUGUCGCCGGCUGGACCCCGACUCCCACCGUCUCUGCCGAGCCGUCGUGUUCC